AUGUCAAAACCAAAGAAAUAUCAUAUUAAUAAGGAUUGUUCUAAAGCUAUUCAUACUGAUACUAAAACUAGAAAUUUAGAUAAAUGCAAAUGUACAUUACAUUGUUAUGGUAGUAGAUGGCAUUAUUCUUCAACCUCAAGAAGUAUUAAAAAUAAUUCUAUUAUAACUGAAAUAGUAUUAGCUUCAAAAAGAAAAAAAGUAAUUAAACCAGUUGAACAAAAUCACAGUUCGUAUGAAGAUACAUCUAAUAAUGAUAAACAAACUCCAACUGUUCUAACAGAUCAAAAUUUAAUUAAUGUACUAAAUAAAUGA